UCCCUCUCUCCUCUUCAGUCCCACUCCCCUGCAACGAACUUCUCAUUUCUUGAGAGAGAGAGAUAGAGAGAGAGAGAGAUUUGAUUUUAUUCUCCAACUGCUUGAGAGAUGGAUUUCAUGAGAAAACUGAGCUUUCUGGUGUUCCUAAUGUGCGUAUUGAUCUCUCUGAAGAAAGAAAACGCGGAGACGAAGAAAAGUUUCCCCCCAAUCACUCUGUCUCCGUCGAAUUCGGCUUCAUCCAUGUCUCGCCCCAUGUUUUUGUCCAACAAGUUCAAGAAACAACAAGAGGCCAGCGAUUCUUCUUCCUCUGGGUACGAUUUCUAUGGUGAUUCUUCGGGCUCGCUCGAGUACGAUUUCUACCGUGAGUCUUGUCCCGAAGCCGAGAAAAUCAUCCGAUCAAGGGUCCAAGAUCUCUACUAUCGGCACCCUGAUGUUGCUCCGUCUCUGUUGCGCUUAGUUUUUCAUGAUUGCUUCAUUGAGGGUUGCGAUGCAUCUGUUUUACUUGAUGCCGUUGAUGGAGUUGACGGUGAGAAAGAGUCUCCUCCAAAUGAAACUUUGAAGGGAUUUGACGUAAUCGACAUCAUCAAAUCGGAGCUCGAAGAAGCUUGCCCCGGAAUAGUUUCUUGUGCUGAUAUUCUUGUUUUUGCUGCCAGAGAGAGUGUUGCUCUGGCCGGUGGCCCAUUCUACCCUCUGGAAACUGGUAGGAGAGACAGCACUAUGUCUUUCUCAGAAGUUGCGACUUACGAUCUUCCUACUCCAUAUGACAUUCUCCCAAAAACAGUGGCAUCAUUUGCAUUGAGGGGGUUCAAUGAAAGAGAGACAGUCAGUCUCUUAGGUGCUCACAGCAUUGGAACAGUCCACUGCAGAUUCUUCCUCAGUCGGCUUUACAACUUUGACAGGACUGAUGAACCCGACCCAACCCUGGAUAUAGAAUUCCUUAACCUACUGAGAUCAAGAUGCAACAAUAACCACACAUCAUCAUCACCAUCACUGUCACCGUCACCGUCAUCAUCAUGCCCAUCAUUGUCACCAUCUUGUGUUGGGGACCCAGUUUCACCUCCCUCGCCACAGGUGCCAGGAGUGGAGAUGGACUAUGAAGGGAAGGGAUCGGGUUUUGGCACGUUAUACUACCGUAGCCUACUUCAGGGUAGAGGAAUCCUCUAUGUCGAUCAGCAGUUGACAGUUGGGGAAGAAACUGAGGCUUGGGUUAGAGCAUAUGCCUUGGAUGCUUCCUUGUUCAGACGGGACUUUGCUAAAGCAAUGAUGAAGCUUUCCAAUCUUGGAGUGCUGAUUGCUCCAGCGGGCCAGGUUCGGAUCAGUUGUUCAAAGACCGUGUGAGAAAGGUAGCGUUUUUCCAAAAGGGGUUUUGUUGAGACUUGAAGUUUGUAGUUUCAGCUUCCAGUUUAUACACAAUGAAUCGUAUGCUAGUAUUUGUUCAUUAAAGGCAAAAAAGGUAAAAAAAUUUCCAUAGCUAUUGAGCUAGUUUCCCACUGUAUAUGCUACUAGUUCGACCUGCUUUUUCACAGUCCAUAUCCUCUCACAUCAAGUGUUUCUGUCAUUGAAGUAGUCUGGGAGUGUUUAGGAAACUCAGAAAAGGAUUUGUUCUAGUUUUUUAGUUUCGGCUAUCAGUUCAUAUACAAUGAAUCAUAGUAUCUCUCAUGGUUGUCUGUCACAUGUGGAGAAUGGUAGAAAUUUGUUCAUAGCUACAUUACAUGUUCUUCCUCUUGUAGUGUUUCUGUCAUUCAAGUAAACUCUGAAGAGAAUUUAGUGCAAUUUUUUAUUUUUUAUUUUGUAGUUUUAGGCACAAGUUUAUGUAAAUGUCGUGUAUUUGUUCAGAAAAUGGGCAGAAAUGAUAGAGAUUUACAAUGUGCUUGGAUGUGG